AUGUUGCGCCCUUUCAACGUAUCUCGUCACGUUCGAGCGUCCUUCCACCAAAGAGCUAUAACCGCAAGGGUGGACCGGAGGCAACUGUCCCUCUUGCAUCCUCCUAAGUUUACCAACGAAAAGUUUCUUAAUUAUUCGAAAGGUUCUCCCGAAAGAGCUGGUGUUCAGGAUGCUAUAAAGCAACUGAAGAGCCAGAUGCCAGUCCAGGUUCCAAUUUCUAUCAAUGGCGUCAAGGUACAAUCUGAUGACUUUCGUUCCCAAGCGAACCCUUCAAACCACCGCGAGUCUAUUGCCCAGUAUGCUUGCGCCUCGCCGGAUCAGGUGAAUGCCGCAAUAGACGCUGCACUAAAGGCUAAACCUGCUUGGGAGGCGCUCCCUUUUGAAGAUCGUGCUGCUAUCUUCUUGAGGGCAUCCGAACUCAUUGCUGGUAAAUACCGGGCUCAGAUUGUUGCAUCUACCAUGUUGGGGCAAGGCAAGAAUGUCUGGCAGGCCGAGAUUGAGGCCCCCAGUGAGACUGUCGACUUCUUCCGCUACUAUGUCCAAGAAGCCUGGAAGCUCUUCUCCUACCAACCAACUGAGCAGCCCGAUGGAACCUGGAACAAGAUGGAAUACCGUCCCUUGGAGGGUUUCGUUUAUUCGAUCGCUCCAUUUAACUUUACAGCUCUCGCCGCAACACUGGUUGGGCCUGCAGCGUUACUCGGCAAUGUCGUCAUCUGGAAACCUUCUGACUCGGCAUUGCAUUCAGCAUAUCUUAUUCAUCAGAUCCUUCUCGAGGCUGGACUUCCUAAAGAUGUCAUCCAAUUCCUCCCUGGUGAUGCCGAACAGAUCACAAACACGGUCUUGAAGAGACCCGAAUUUGCUGCUAUUAGCUUCAUAGGCUCUACGCAAGUCUUCAAAGGAAUACAGAAGAAGAUUGGCGACGCCGUGGGCAAGAAUACCUACAACUCGUACCCUCGAGUUGUUGGUGAAACCGGCGGCAAGAAUUGGGGGCUGGUGCAUUCCUCAGCCGACGUCAAGAGCGCAGCUUUCCAAACCAUUCGGGCUUCUUUCGAAUACCAAGGCCAAAAAUGCUCUGCAUGCUCUCGAGUGUACGUUGCAGAAUCCGUCUGGCCCGAAUUCAAGAAGCACCUCCAAGAGCAACUUUCCCAGCUCAAGAUUGGUGAUGUGGAGGAGUUCGACAACUUUAUUACCCCCGUCAUACAUGAAGCUUCUUUUGAUAAGCUGAAUAAGGUCAUUCAAGAUGCAAAAGAUGAUCCAGAUCUCGAACUUAUCGCAGGAGGGAAGGCAUCCAAAGAGGAAGGCUACUUCGUCCAUCCUACAGUUUACAAGACAACUGAUCCGCGACAUGACAUUAUGUCUCGUGAGCUAUUCGGUCCUAUAUUGGGCGUUUAUGUCUACCCAGAUGCUGAGUGGGAAAAGACCCUCGAAUUGGUCGACACCACAUCACGUUAUGGUCUUACGGGGAGUAUUUUCUCCAUGGAUCCAUAUGCAACACUACAAGCAAAGACUAAGCUGAAGCACGCUGCGGGCAUGUUAUAUAUCAACACCAAGUGUACUGGUUCUAUUGUUGCUCAGCAGCCCUUUGGCGGUAGCCGAGAUUCUGGUACUAACGACAAAACCGGUACCGUAGCUCAUCUUCAACGAUUCACCAGUGUCAGGUCCAUCAAGGAGGAGUACAAUCCUUUGGACAAGGUCCAGUACGCCUCUAAUGAGGUAUGA